GAAGGCGGUCCCAGUCCGCCAAGCUUAGCCUCAGGCCUCAACAUCAGAUGGGGCUGGACACCCUGGGACACGGCUGGCUCAGCCCUGGCCACAACGCAGGCCCUUGUGCAAGACAGGAAAAGCAGCCGGAAUUAAGAAGUGAGCACAGGCGUCCCUGCAUGGGAGUGUAAGGCCGUGGGUUGCACCCAGUGAUCCCAUGCUCGACUCCGUGUGUGCUCUAAGCACACUGCCCUGCCUGUCACCCUGCUGUCCUCAUCUGUGGCUGGAGUGUCAGCCAUGGCCACGGUCCUACUGCAGUCCCUGCUGGGCCUGCUGCUGCUGCUGCUGCUGCCAGCGCCACUGCCAGGGCUCCUUCAAAAAGAGAACUCAGCUGGAUCCACUUCCUUUGGAGUCUCCCAACCAGAACACCUCUCAGCGCCCAUUGGUGGCUCCGUUGAAAUCCCUUUCUCCUUCUGGUAUCCCUGGGAAUUGGCUGAGAAUCCUCACACGAAUAUAAGCUGGAGAAAAGGCAACUUCCAUGGGGAGUUUAUCUACCAACACACUGAGAGCUUCACACACAAGAACUACAGCAACAGGCUCUCCCUGAACUGGACACCGGGGCAGAAGAAUGGCUCCCUCAGGAUCUCUAACCUGCAGCGCAAGGACCAGUCCAAGUACUUCUGCCGAGUGGGGCUGAACACACGGACACACGGCUGGCAAGUGUGGCAGUCCAUCCCAGGGACCUUGCUCAUCACCACUCCUGCCAUCAAGACUACCACUCAAAGAACCAAAAGGAGGACCACCACUACAGCUACCACAACCACUACAACCAUAACAGCCACUACAACCACCAUCAGGGUCACAGUGGGCAGAGAGCAUCCAGGAUCACAGCUGAGUCUGGAAGCUGUGGUCGGGCUGGUAGUGGCCACUACUGUGCUCAUAACUGCCAUUGUGGCACUGCUGGUCUUCGUCAGGUGGAAGAAAAACAAAGGUAAGCAGUCCAAAACACCAUCCCCGACACCCAGGCUGCCCAAAUACAAGACUGUCAGACUCACCAGCACCACAGUCACUCAGGGCAGCUCCUGCAACCACGUGUCAGGAUGGUCCAAUUCCACUAAGUCACGAACUGUGGCCUGUGCUUGGGGACCCAUAUCUGUCACAGGCUCCUCAAGUGUGGGUUGUGGGAGAUGCAAGUGGGAACCACCCAUCCUGCCACACAGUCCCACCACUUGCCAUGUAUCUCUUGCCUCCAUUCUCCUCCAUCCUCUCCUUUGGUUCACUGUUAGGAGUGGGGGUUGGGAGUUGGUGGGGACCUGCACUGGACAAGUGAGGUGACAGCAGAAGGGACACAGAGUUGGCCCAGCUCAGCUCAGCAAGCUCUGGGUGAAGCCCCCAACCAGGGCCUGGCUCCACACCAAUAUACAACAGUAGAUGCAGCACAGGCUGCCUUGGGGAACUCAGCUGGUGGAGGGACACGGGUCUUGGGGUCAGAGAGCUCAUUUGUAAAGGGCUUCAGUUGCAAGAGUGGGCACCUGGAACGACUUCCCACAGGAAGUGACAAAGACAAAAAUUCAAAGAACAAAAAGUGAGCAGUAGUCAUUUGGCAUCGUGGUGGUUCAAUGCCUCUUAGGAUGCCCACCUCUCACACAGCUGUGGCUGCGUUCAAGGCCAUGGAAGGCAGCAGGUCAUGGACCCAGCACACAGCUUCCUGCCACCCUGUGGAGGAGCCUCCCUGGAUUCCUAGACAUUGCCUUUGUCCUGGCCCUGACACAGCUGGGAAAAUGGGAAUUCACCAAUGGGAAGGAACACUGCCUCCUUGCUUCUCAGUCACCCUGGAUUCUGAACAAAUAGGAAGUAAAUGGACUCCAAGCAAACAGAAGAAUGAUCAGGGAGCAGGCAGGGUGCUGCAGAGGCCACUCACUGGCCUUCCAGGAGCAGACCCACUCCUGGAAAUGCAGGGGUGCCAGGGCUGGAGGCAACGCAGGAGCAGAGAGAGAAGUUCCUGACUCUCACACCUAAGAGCUUUCCAGGGCCAGAGACAGAGAGAGCUGGAAAGGGGCAGCCCCAGUUCCAGCUGUGGACACGGUGCCGGGCUGCAGCAGAGGGGCCACAGGUGGGCAGGCACACGGGGGGAAGGGUAGGCCCUAGAAAAGCUGAAGCAGUAAACCCAAGAAGGGGGUGAUGACUAGACUGACAUGGCCAUGAGGGAGUGGGGUGAGUCCCACAUUCCAACCCAGCUGAACGAGGCUGAGAAAAAAAAUGACUAAAUGGAAAGUACACAGGGAACAAAGCAAGCCCCUGUGUCCAAGGCACAGAUGCCGCCUCCAGCUUGGGUCCCCUCACACUGGAGGUGUUGGCCUGACUCUGAGCAGAGUCCACCAGAAAGUCAGAUGUGUGUACUUCCAGCUCAGAGGAGAGGUCAGGGCUGCAGCAUUCACUGUUCAUGCCCCAACAUCCUCCUCCUCUAGCAAUGACUCUGAAGUCAGUGUCCAUCUCAACUCUGGCUCAGGCCACUUUGAAGCAUCUCCUGUCCCAUCAGCUCUUGACGCACAAAGGGGCAGAGACUGUCGUCUGACAACCUGCAGGCACCCUGGCGUCACUGCCCAUCAGGGAAGCUUUGGUGCCAGGUACAGAUGAGCAGCCCCAACCCCAGGUGGGGUGGUUCUGAAGGCCACGGCAGCACAGUUAGAUCCUGCAGAGCAAGCACUGUGACCAUGAGCACGCACAAGGAGUAAGCUGCAGUCACUAAACUGAUGAUGCCAUAGUCACAUGCUAAUGAAGAGAUAAACCCAAGGAAGGAAGGAGAGAAAUCCAGAUAAAUCCAGAUAAAAACACACAAGAUGCUUGUGGUUAAUUAGCACAUAAGUUAGUUCUGAUAGACUAAAAAUCCAGCUUUUUUAAUUCAAUCAUGAAACAGGCCAUUCCAUACAUAUAGCUCAAAACACUUGGCUGCCAGAUGGGAGAAAGGUAAAUUUGUAACAUUCACUCUUUUCUCCGAAUUUACAUCAAUAUUAACUCCACAGUUAUCAAAUAUUUAAGUGAGGAAAUAACUGACCAUAGCAUUACAAGAAAAACUGUGAGACUGUUUUAUAACAGAAGAGUAGAGAAAAAUCUGCCCCCUGAAGACAGAAAACCCAAGUUACAGUAGUCAUCCCGAAUCCAAAAGGCUGGCAGGCAUUGAAGGGAAAUCUGACAGCCACAAGGAAGUGUGGUGCACAGAUUCCACUCGCUGAGGAACCCACACCUGUACAAGCCUCUUAUGUUUGGGGUUUCACAACAGUUUUAACCAUUUGUGUUUACAAACCUUACAAACUUGUGUUGAUAAGGAACUGUAUUCAGCUACCAGUACCCAAGAUGAGAAGCACCAGGGGCUUCAGUAAGACUUUCUCUUCUAAAAGGAUCUGAAGGCAGACAUCAGAGGCCACCAACCUUAAGCACUCAGGCUCCUGCCUAUCUGCUUCCAGGUCCUUCAUCUUCAUCAUUUUUGAGUUUCAAACUAGAAACAAAAAAAAAGAGGACAAAAAGGAUUAUGUCCCAAUCACCUGUUUAUCCUACUAAAGAGCCUUCCUGAAUGUUCCACUCACAAUUUCUAUUGUAUCUUAUCAGGUAGAAUUUAGUCCUCCAUGUCCUGCAUCUGUCUGUUGGGGAACACAAUGCCACCCCAAACAGGGAUCAACUUUCUGUCAUGUAGCUUAAAAGACUCAAAGGAUACUAGGAUGGUCAGCAGCACUCCCUGCCAUCCAGGAUUUGAGACUUGUCAGCCUAGAACCACAGGAAGCCAAGGAGUUAGUGAGGCAGCAUGAAUACAGAGAAGGGUCAGCAGGCAGCUAGAUGAGUGGAAACAGAGUGUGUUGUCAAGGAACAUGAGUUCAUUGAAGUUACAAAGCAGUUGUAGAGGAAUAAUGACAAAGACAGCUGGAAGACUUUCAAGCUCAUUCUAUGCAGUCAGCUGUAUCCUGGAGCCCAAGCCCGACACAGACACUUUGCCUGCUACCAAAGUGGAGGGGUGGGCUGGUGGAGAAGCUAAUGCCAACAUUCUUGAAUGCUGAUACAAAUCCUGAACAAAAUACCUGGAAGUCAUACUCAACCACCCGUUAAAAGGGUUAUACACCAUAAACAGGUCGAAUUUAUUCCUGAAAUACAAAGUUGG